AUGCUCACCCAGCUUCCAAGAGAACUACUCAACCCGAUAAUUGAACUGCUCGGAAAGAAAGAUCUACAAGCACUCUCCCAAGUUUCCAAGUACGCAAACUGGCUUGUCGCCGAAUUGCUCUGGCAAUCCGUGACGAUCCAACCAUCAAGUGAACUCAAGCUAUAUUGUCUGCCGUCCGCCAGUUUUCCGCCCUCCCGAAUCCCACUCAUCCGGCAUGUUCACUUUCGCGCUCCCUUCCAAAUUAUUUUUAGUUUCCGAUGUGUACACGGCGGGAGGACCAGCCACGCCUUGACAAUCGAGGAUAUCGACGAGGACGAUAUUGACGAUGAAUAUAACAACAAACGAAGAGAUCCAUCCCGCAUUGGCCGCUUAGGUCGGCGGGCAAAGCACCUUCUUUCGCAACUAGAUGAGAACCAGCUCGACAGUUUCAGCUGGGACCUGGGCACUUGUGUGCCAUUUGGAAUCCUCGACACUGAUGGGAUAAUCUCCUGCGAGCAAUCCCACAUUACGUCCUUGAGCCUCACUACCAACAACUACACAUGCAUGUAUUCCAAGAAAUCUGCCAUAGAUCUAUCAUCGUUUCACCACCUCCGCCGUCUUAGCUGGAGAGGCGCCAGCAGAAUCAACCUGCCGACUCUUUCUGCAGCCAUCCGGAACAACGCAAAACAUCUACACCACUUGACCAUCGACUUGAUGCUCUGGGUAUUUGUAGAAGGAGAUCUUGACUUUGAUCAGUUCGAUCCCCAUAGCGAGGUCAACGGCAGCACCUCCCAAAACUACUUUUUCGAGAAGGUCCUCCGUUUGAACAGAAAACGCCCGCGUAUACUUUUCCCAGAACUCCGCGAGUUAUCGCUCGGAGGGCUGUACCUGAAUCCAGAGUUGGCGCAGGCCAUCAACUUGGCUACACUCACAUCGCUCAAGUUACGAGCCUGCGACGGGUGCAUGGGUUUCCUUCAACGCGCCGCGGGACUUGAUGUGCCUAAAAAGCUGAAGGCUCUGCAUGUACAAGGCCUCAGGACGGGAGUAGAAGGGCGACAGCGCACGGGGCUGGCUGAUUUUCUGGACAGCUUCGACGGGCUGGAGGACCUGUUUGUCAGUCUUCCGGGGAAAGUGCGGGAUGUUCGUUUUUGGAUGAGCAUCGCGCAGCGCCAUAAAUCGCUGCAGAGAUUCGUGUAUCACCGGCGGAGGAUGUUUAGGACGGAUGUUGACAGGAUAUAUACGUUCCAUGAGCGGGAUAUUCCGACACUGGGGAUCGAAGGCAGCGAACUGCAAACACUUCGCGACAAUCCGUCUCUUAGUCCUUUUGCGACGCUUGAUCUCGAAUUCGCAGGGCUGUGCUGCCACCCGCGGCGUCUGAAACCUAUUCUGCUUCCGUUUACACACAAGACAUGUCUCAAGAUGCUUCAUAUUCGACAGUCAAGAUUAGACCUCAGGUUUUUCCCCUCCUGGAUCUUGAAAAAGUCGAUUUUGUCAGGAGUGGCAAGUCCUACUUCUGAAGAUAGCAUGGACGAAUUCUCGGACAUUGACUCCGACCAAAUCUCAGACGUGCAAGACUCGGAUGCCGAUGAGGAAACCGACUUUACUCUUCAAUCUACCUUCCGGCACGAGUUUCUCGAAUUCGCGGCGUGGGUGUUUGGUGCCGAGGGCAUAGCGUCCCUUCAAUACCUGGCGUUUGGGGACUUUGCGCAUGGCGGCCGGGUACCGGAUCACAAAGUAUUACUGUGCAGAGACGUGCAACGGCGUUGUCGGUUUCGCUUACUGUCUCCUGAUGAAGCGUUGCGAUCAUCGGUUGAGCACGAGUAUCGGGAUGCACUAGAAGCUUGUCCCUCGGAGACCUUGUUAGAGUACUAG